UCCAAGUCCUACCGGCUUGCACUUCCCCAGCCGGUUCCUUUAUAGCUGCCUGCUUCCCCUCCAAGGCCUUGAGGUUGUGGCAGCACUAGAGGACCAGGGAGGACAUGGCCAGGGGUCCUGAGGGCGUGCGGAGCUGGCCAGCCCUGGUGCUGCUGGCCGCCGUGGUCACCGCUGAGACAGAGGCCACCAACCCUGGCUUCACGACCAGGAUCUCCCAGAAGGGCCUGGACUAUGCCUGCCAGCAGGGGGUGGCCGUGCUGCAGAAGGAGCUGGAGAAGAUCCGCAUCCCCGACGUCUCUGGAAAAUUCAAGCUCAGGCCUUUCGGGAAAGGGCACUACAACUUCCACAGCUUGGUUGUCCGCAGCUUCCAGCUUCCCAAUCCCCAGAUCAGGCUGCAGCCCAACGUGGGCCUUCGCGUCUCCAUCAGCAAUGCCAAUGUCAGGAUCGGCGGGCGCUGGAAGGCCAGGAAGGGUUUCAUCAAAGUCAGAGGCAAGUUCGACCUGAGCGUGGAGGGCGUCUCCAUCUCGGCGGACCUCAAGCUGGGCAGUGUCCCUGCCUCGGGCCGUGCCACCGUCACCUGCUCCAGCUGCAGCAGCAACAUCAACAGGGCCCGCUUGCGGGUCUCAGGCAUCCUGGGGUGGCUGCUUAAACUCUUCCACAAAAGAAUCGAGUCUUCGCUCCGAAACACCAUGAACAGCAAGAUUUGCCAGGUGCUGACCAGUUCUGUGUCCUCCAAGCUGCAACCUUAUGUCGAGACUCUGCCACUGAAAGAGAGGCUCGAUUCCGUGGCCGGGAUCGACUACAGCCUGGUGGCACCGCCAAGAGCCACGGCCGACAGCCUGGACAUGCAGCUGAAGGGCGAGUUUUACAACGUGGCCCGCCCCAGCCCACCGCCCUUCAUGCCGCCGCCCAUGGCCAUUCCCAGCCUCCAUGACCGCAUGAUCUACCUGGCCAUCUCCGACUACCUCUUCAACACGGCUGCACUGGUGUACCAACAGGCUGGAGCCUUCGGCCUGACCCUGAGGGACGACAUGAUCCCCAAGGAGUCCAAAUCCAGACUGACAACCAAGUUCCUCGGGAAAGCCCUACCCCAGGUGGCCAAGAUGUUCCCCAACAUGAAUGUGCAGCUCACGCUGUCCGUCUCCUCCCCGCCACACCUGACCACGCGCCCCACCGGCAUUGCCCUCACCGCCGCCGUGGACCUGCAGGCCUUUGCCAUCCUCCCCAACUCCUCCCUGGCUUCUCUCUUCCUGCUUGGCCUGAAACUGAACACCUCGGCGAAGAUUGGCACCAAGGCGGACAAGCUGGUUGGAGAACUCACGCUGGGCAGGCUGAUCCUGGAGCUGAAGCACUCCAACAUUGGCUCCUUCCCGGUUGAACUGCUGCAGGCCCUCAUGGACUACGUCCUGUCCGCUGUCGUGCUCCCCAAGAAAAACUGCAGCGAGGGCUCCCUCUGCCGAUGCCCCGGAAGGUGCAGCUCUAUGACCUGGUGCUGCAGCCACACCAGGAUUUCCUGCUGCUCGGUGCCAACGUCCAGCAUGGCUGACGUCGCUCCCCAGGCAAGGCGGUGUCUACACCUGCUCCUGGGGGGUCAUGGGGCACAGGCCAUGCUUCGCCAGGGAAUCCUCUCUAGGUCUCGGCCACGAGCCCCAGCCAGUGUUUCUGAACUCCGAUUCCAAAAUGACCCAACACAGGAGCCACGCUCACUGGAAAAGUGCACCUCGGGGGUGAUGAGCUCCUUUCAAAGCUCCAGGAGUUGCAUUUCAAUUGUGACCACUCUGUGCUUCACAAAAAAAAAAAAAAAAAAAAAAAAAACCUCUGUGUUUUUUUUUUUUUCCUGCAGAUUCUUGUGCUGGAAUCAUUUCUUGCGUCCACUCAUUUGUUCAUUCAUUGACUGGGACCAGUGUGGGUCCCACUACAGUCUACAGCUCAGGCACAGUCACCUGUUUCUAUUUCAGGAAUUAAGCUCUAAGUCCCCACUUGCCUACAUUAGCGGGUCGUCUUGUUGCCCCCAGUGUCUUUGGGGCUCUCCUAGUCCAAAGGGAAUGAAUCUUGCCUCCUACAGUCAGGCAUCCGGGCUGUUGUUUCUGAUACUGCCACAUGGAGGUGCUGUUGGAAGGUGACUCUGCCCAGCCCCU